AUGCCCAUUGCAGCUGGCUCUGGAAUUCUUAAGCUCAUGAAUUUUGAUCCAAGUAGCAAGAUUUUAGUUUCUAAAAUCACCUCAGGGCUUAGAGAAAUCUUUCGAAAGGAUAUUGUCCGCAUUCUUCCUAGUUUAGAUGUUGAAGUCAAAGACAUUACUGAUUCUUAUGAUGCUAACUGGUUUCUUCAGCUAUUAUCUACAGAAGAUCUUUUGGAAAUGACCACUAAAGAGUUUCCUAUUGUGGCUGAAGUCAUAGAAGCACCUCAAGGAAAUCAGCUGCUCAGAAAUAUUUUACAGCCUGGGAAAACCAUUGUGAUCCACAAAAAGUAUCAGGCAUCAAGGAUCUUAGCUUCAGAAAUUAGGAGCAAUUUCCCUAAAAGACACUUCUUGAUCCCCACUAGCUACAAAGGCAAGUUCAAGCGGAGACCUCGGGAGUUCCCAACUGCCUAUGACCUGGAGAUAGCAAAGAGUGAAAAGGAGCCCCUCCACGUGGUGGCCACCAAAGCCUUUCAUCCCCUUCAUGAAGAGCUUUCCUCUGUAUCUGUUGGGGACCAGUUUCUAGUGCAUCACUCAGAGACUACUGAAGUCCUCUGUGAGGGAAUAAAAAAAGUGGUGAACGUUCUGGCCUGUGAAAAAAUCCUCAGAAAGUCCUAUGAGGCAGCACAGCUCCCUUUGUACAUGGAAGGAGGUUUUGUAGAGGUGAUUCAUGAUAGAGAACAGUACCAGAUUUCUGAGCUUUGUAAACAGUUCCGCUUGCCCUUCAAUGUGAAGGUGUCUGUGAGAGAUCUUUCCUUUGAAGAGGACAUUUUGGCUGCUACCCCAGGACUGCAGUUGGAGGAAGAUAUCACAGACUCUUACCUACUCAUAAGUGACUUUGCCAACCCCAGAGAAUGUUGGGAAAUUCCAAUUGGCCGCUUGAAUAUGACUGUUCAGCUAGUUAAUAAUUUUUCUAGGAAUACAGAAUCAUUUCUAGUCAGGACUCUGGUAGAAGAGAUUACAGAAGAACAAUACUACAUGAUGCGAAGAUAUGAAAGCUCUCCCUUGCAUCCUCCACCUCGCCCCCCCAAACAUCCCUCAGUGGAGGAAACAAAGUUAACCCUGCUCACCUUAACAGAAGAAAGGACAGCAGACCUGCUUAAGUCUCCCAAGAGUCACCAUGUAGACAUAUCCAAGAAACUUCACUCAACUCAAGCUGGCUGGGAUUCAAGAGUACCAGUUGGUUGUCAGAAUGAUUUGGCUGAUGUGGAGAAACAGAAGAGCAAGCGUGGGCCACUGCAGUAACA